AUGUCGGACGGACUCAACCAAGCCCGCGCCAUGCGCGUUGCCGAAAUCAUCAACGAUUAUCGCACUCUUCUACUACACAUCCCACAACAGAACGUCGAGGCAUCCCAAGAAGAAUACUGGGAGGAAGGCUUCGUGGUGCUCCGCGAGUCCCUAGCCUCCGCCCAGAGCUUAAUGUCCACCAACUAUCAAACCUGCCCAGUGACGGGACAGGGCAACGUCGAGACAGAGAAAGCCGAGCUUCAAAGGUACCACCGCUCACCCGAUGCUCUUUCCCGGCAGUUUCGAACCGAAUCUGACACAAAACCCAGAGUGAUUCUCGACAGCGCCGCACGCCGAUAUCAAGCGCACAAAAUUUACCUGCGUGCCGCCGCGGCCCGGCGAUGGGCCAUGACCCGCGCCAGCAUCCUGCGAGGCCAAAAGCCCACAGCCCAACAUGCCACGGCUCUCAAGAGCGCUACGACCUCGCUCCACCAAGACCUGGCUCGGAUUACAGAUACCUACGCCGUGUCUGAUCUCCGCGCCGCGGAUAUGCGAGCAGGACACUGGCUUGACGACGACCCAUCAUUGGACGCUAUCCGCCGCUGGAUCGGGGCGCAGUAA